CGGGGGCCAGGCGGGUGCUCCGCAGCUGUCGGUGGCACCCGGAGCCGGCGGGCCGUGUCGGCCCCUGGAGAGCCCGCCAUGGUGCGCGCGGGCGCCGUGGGCACGCAUCUCCCGGCCUCGGGCUUGGACAUCUUCGGGGACCUGAGGAAGAUGAACAAGCGCCAGCUCUAUUACCAGGUGUUAAACUUUGCCAUGAUCGUGUCUUCGGCACUUAUGAUCUGGAAGGGCUUGAUCGUCCUCACCGGCAGCGAGAGCCCGAUCGUGGUGGUGCUGAGUGGCAGCAUGGAGCCGGCCUUCCACAGGGGCGACCUUCUGUUCCUCACUAACUUCCGGGAAGACCCUAUCAGAGCUGGUGAAAUCGUGGUCUUUAAAGUCGAGGGACGAGACAUUCCAAUAGUUCACAGAGUAAUCAAAGUUCAUGAAAAAGACAACGGAGACAUCAAAUUUUUGACUAAAGGAGAUAAUAAUGAAGUCGACGACAGAGGCUUGUACAAAGAGGGCCAGAAUUGGCUCGAAAAGAAGGACGUGGUGGGACGAGCCAGAGGGUUUUUACCGUAUGUUGGUAUGGUCACCAUAAUAAUGAAUGACUAUCCAAAAUUCAAGUACGCUCUCUUGGCUGUAAUGGGUGCAUACGUGUUACUCAAACGCGAAUCCUAAGAUGAGAAGUUCCCGGCACCAGAUUGAAAUGAAUUCUGUUGAAAAAGAGAAAAACUAAUAUAUUUGAAAUGUUCCACUUUUCUGUAUAAAAGGAAACAAUGUGGAGACAUUUUUGUCUUGUCCAAAUAAAUGAUUCAUCAGUGAA